CGGAUCAGAAGAUAGUUAUAUGCAGCAGAAGGACUUAAGUACAAGGUUGCCGGGACUUGCCCUUCUGGAGAUCGCUUCGACUUCGCGGAUGGGAGCUAUCCAUCUACGUCAGAUACUUCGUCUCGUCGGUCUUCUACUCGUCUCGUCAGCGUUCCCCUCUUCUUCGCGUCAGCAUCAUCCCCUUCUCGUCAGUCAUCCCCUCUGUCCGCGUCACCAUCAAGACCCCAGUGACCCGCUGAUCCUCUGCUAUGUCGACCUGGUCGGCUAUCUCGGGAACAUUUGACCACUCGACGCUCAUCGGCAUCCCGUGGCGCUGUUGCGCGACCG